AUGGCUGACUCCUUCAUAAAAAGAGAAUUUGCACCAAAACGUCUAUCUUUUUGGAUUUUUUGGUUUAGUAGUCAUAUAGGUCUUUUCUUUUAUGGUUUUUACAAACAAAAGGAUGACCCAGAACUUGCUCAUCUCAACACAAUUGGAUUUUCAGUUUGGACUUCUCGUGGUGCUGGUUUAUGUUUAGCUUAUGAUGGUGCUUUGAUACUUUUACCU